AUGUUUGAAAAGCCGAAAACUGGCAUGAUGGGCCUCCGCAGACCUCUGGUAAUGGCUAUAGCGACUGGUUUGCCAACAAAAGUGUGGGUCAGGAUAGUAAACGACAGUGCGAGUCGCAGCGCGUGA